CAAAGUUUCAGAGUUUACCAAUAGAGUUUUUCAUUACUGUUCUAUCUAAAUAGAAAGCAUUACUCAAAUUCUUCUACAAACGAAAUUAGAAACAAUAUUAAAUUGUUCUAUGUCUAAAAUUCAAAUUUCUGUUACUAUUAUAGUGUUCUAACUAACCAGCCAAUUAGAUUUUACAUUUUGGCGCUGAUAGAGCACUACAGUAUUAACGUUUUAGUACAUAGUGUGACAAUAACAAACAACGUGGUGUUACGUUUUUCUUAGUUUAAAACUGUGGUUUCUGUGUAUUUUUAAAAAAUGGAUAUUAAUACGAAUCCGUCAACUUCUGCAAAUAGAAGCCCGUCAGAAAAUUGUCAGUUCGAAUAUUUUGAGGACAGCGAUGAUUCUUGUCGAGAUCCGGAUUUCAUUCCAUCGGAUCAUACAUCGGAUGAAGAAAUCGAAAGUGUCAGUUUAUCAGCCAGCGUCGCCUAUGAGACAGAAAUGAAUUCACCUCGAGAAGCCAAUGAACGGACGGUCAACCAAAACGCCCCAGAGGAAAGCAACCAAGUAACACGUCGGGAGAAUAUGACUGUAACAGAAGGUAGAAAACUCAGUAGAAAACGCAAACGGCAACCAGAAACUUGAAGAUGAACGUAAAUAAAGCAUUAUGUCAAUCAGGUCAGGAAUACAAAAAUGUAAAAGGAACAAAUCGAAGGGGUAGAAAUUUAAAAACCGUGAAAAAUUGUGAAAGCAGCUGUAAAUUCUCUUGUGCAAAAAAUAAGUUUGUAUGAGAGAGAAACAUAUUCAAAGGGUUUGGGGUUUAUCAAAUGAUUCUAAGUGGCAUUUUUAUGCAAAAAACACUGAAAGAAUCGACAAAAGCAAGAACACAGACUUCCAGGGAGAACUCGCGUCGAAAAUAUACCUUCAAAUACCAUUUUCAUGUAGCCAAUGACAAAAUUCGUGUAUGCAAGACCUUCUUUUAUCUACUUUGGACAUAAGCCAGCAAAGAAUUAAUUAUUUUCACGAGAAAAAAAAGGACGAACUAACAGGUAUCCCAUCAUCAUCACAACAAGGUCGUCAUACUAAAAAAACCAUAGGCGCUACCAGUAAAGACAACGUUCGCCUACAUAUAAGCCAACUACCACGAGUUGAGGCUCACUAUUGUAGAGUCGACACGAAAAAAGAGUAUCUUGAUGGAACAUUGAAUAUGAAUAAGCUGUACUCUUUGUAUGUCGAGUUUUGUACUGAAAAACAACUACAACCAGUUAAAAAACAUAUUUACAGAAACAUUUUUAAUUACGAAUAUAAUAUUGACUUUUUAAAACAAAAAAAAAGAUCGUUGUGAUGUGUGUGAGGAGAUCAGAUUGAAAAAGGAAGGUGGCUUCACCGAUGAAGAAAAGUGUAUUUUUGAAAAACAUGUUCAGGGAAAAAAAAUCACUAAAUUAGAACGUGAUUUAGACAGGGCCAAUGAAGAUCAGCCUAUAAUAUGUUUUGACCUUGAGAAUGUAUUUGCACUGCCACGUUCUAAUGUGUCAUGUUUCUUCUACAGUAGGAAACUAAAUACUUACAACCUUACUGCUCAUUGCAGUUUAAAAAAGCAAGCCUAUUGUUGUAUUUGGAGCGAGGGCACACAUGGACGGCAGGGCAGCGACAUCGCUUCAGGUCUAAUAAAGAUAUUAAACAUGGUUAUUGUGGACUUUCCGUUUAUCAAAAAAAUAAUUUUGUGGUCUGAUUCCUGCGUGCCACAAAACAAGAAUUCAAUAAUGAGUCUAGCAUUAAUGAAGUUUCUGGAAGAGCAUCCUACACUUGAGCAAAUAGACCACAAGUUUGGAGAGCCUGGACAUAGUAGUGUCCAAGAAGUUGAUAAUUUGCACAGCCAGAUAGAAAGAAAAUUAUCCGGAGUAGAAAUUUUUAGCCCUCUGGGAUUGCUACGCCUUCUACCGACGGUUAACCAGAGGAAACCUUUUAAUGUUUUUCACAUGAAGCCCCAAGAUUUUUUGUUUCUUUCUUUCUUUAUAAAGAAGCAUCACAAACUCUGAAUUUUAAAAAAGUACCCUAUUCAUCUUUAAGGCAAUUAAAGUAUACCAGAACUGACCUUAAAAAAAUUUAUUACAAGGUUAGUCACGAUAAAGACUCCAAUUAUAUUGAAGUUCCAAUCUCGGCAUCAAACACAACCAGAACAAAAACAACCAAUCAUGUUUCAAGUUUAUUGCCCGAAAUACGAAGCGCUUCUGAACCAGUAAAAUGCCUUCUGCCUUUUGCGAAAGUUCUUGACCUUACAAAACUAUUCAAAUUUAUGCCACCCGUUGACCUAAUGUUUAUAAAAACUUUUUUUAAACAAUAUAACGAUGCUGAUAUUUAUAAAAAAGAAAAAAUACGUCACAAAAAGGCAAAAAACAAGUAAUAG